AUGGACGAGAAAAGGCCUCAGACCGCAGAAUCGGUCACGCCCACCCAGGUCGCCGAACCAGAGAAAAGUAAACACGAUUGGAAGAAGAAUGAAGAGCAACACCUCCCAGAGAAUCGAUUGGGCAUCGUGUUUGCCGGUUUAAUGUGCUGCGUCUUCUUGUCCGCGUUGGAUCAGACCAUUGUGUCCACAGCGUUACCGACGAUCGUGGCGAAGAUCGGUGGUGGAAAGGAUUAUAGCUGGGUUGGAAGCGCAUAUCUGUUGGCUGCUGCUUCUCUUUCGACGAUCUACGGGAAGGUCUCUGACGUAUUUGGUCGGAAACCCGUUUUAUAUGGGUCUAUAGUCACAUUCUUGGUGGGCUCUGCGCUAUGCGGUGCUGCACAAAAUAUGACUUGGCUCGUGGUAUGUCGUGCCGUUCAAGGUAUCGGAGGCGGUGGGAUCAUGCAGCUUGUUCAAAUUACCAUCUCGGAUAUUGUGUCUCUCCGAGAUCGCGGGAAAUAUGCCGGGCUUAUUGGUGCGACAUGGGGAAUUGCAAGUGUAAUCGGGCCUUUACUCGGCGGGGUAUUCACUGACCACGUAUCGUGGAGAUGGUGUUUCUUUAUUAAUUUGCCUACUGGAGGAGUCGCGUUCAUGCUCUUGUUCUUCUUCCUUAACCUUAACCCGCAUCAGGGGAAGCCCCUCCGCCAGCAUGUCCGAGAGUUCGACUUCGUUGGUCUGAUAUUGAUCAUCGGCGGUGUCGUACUGCUACUGAUCGGUUUCAACUUCGGCGAGCAAGGAUGGGAUCAAGCCCGGACCAUUGCUCCGCUUGUACUAGGCGUGUGUCUAUUGAUUGCUGCUGGGGUCAAUGAGAUCUUCACGAACAGAUCGCCGAUUGUUCCCCCGCGUUUGUUCAAGACGCGUACGACGACCUUCCUGUUGGUCUCGACCUUCAUCCACGCUGUCGCGUUCUUCUGCGGCACGUUUUAUCUACCGGUAUACUUCCAGGUGCUGGGGUCUUCCGCUACGAUGGCCGGCGUCCGGAUGCUUCCCUAUUCUCUUGGAUCGUCGUUUUUCUCCAUCCUUUCCGGUCAAGUAGUGACGCGCACCGGGCGGUGGAGACCUGUUUUGUGGGUCGCUUGGGGAAUUUUCACGCUCGGUUACGGCCUUAUGAUAAUGCUUAAGGCCGAUGCGAACGUCGCAAUGCAGGUGCUUUACCCGCUGAUUGCAGCUUCGGGAUUCGGAAAUCUCUUCCAGACGCCGCUCAUUGGUCUGCAAGCUGCCAUGCCCAUUAAAGAUAUGGCAACUAGUACAGCGACGUUCGGAUUCUUCAGGAUGCUCGGUGGAACCAUCGGUGUUACAGUCGGUGACACCAUUCUGUCCGGGAUUCUCCAGAAGAAAGUGAAGAAUAUCGCUGGUCUAUCCAUCGAUACAUCUGCGGCAGCGCUGAACCAAUAUGUCCCUUUUAUCAAGCAUCUGCCGGAUUCGCAACGUGUUCCGCUGAUCGCUGCCUACUGUCAAGCGAUCAGCACGAUCUGGGUCGUCAACACACCCCUCGUCGGAUUCGGUUUCAUAUUGGUGUUGUUCGUACGAGGAUACAGCUUGAAGAGAGUUAUCGUGAAGGCCGGACCGCAAGGGCAGGAAGAUGCGAUCCCGGCAGACGUCGAGAAGGGGGAGAUAGAGCAAGUCGCCGUAGAUGCGAUAACCGCACCAGACGGUGAGGCGUUGGAUGAAGACGGCCAGGCGCGCUCAUCUAUGUCCCAGGAUGAUACACGCAUGAAUGGACAGCUACGGGCGAUAUAG